AUGGACAUGACUUCUUGUCAUUCGUCACUACCAAUCAAGAAUGAAAGUGUACCAUGUUCUUCUGAUAGUGAAGAUGAUCAAGCAACAGCAGCUGAUGUCGAUGCUAAUAUGGAUUAUUAUGAUGCAAGAUCAUUUAAACAACAAAAUAUAUGUCGAAAAAAUCGUAAUUUUACUUGUGGACAAUUGAUGUCGACAAAAUCUAAAGAAGUUUAUUCUUUGAAGAAUCAAAACCAAAAAUUUUUCGAAACAGAAAACGAUCAUGUUUAUCAACAUCUCAGCAAUAUCGAUAUGAUGAUGGUUAGAGAUACAAUGCCUCUGACAACAUCUCAAAAUUCAAGACAUUUUUCUAUAUGUAUUCUUCCUCAUUUUGAUUCUGAUAUGAUGAAAUCGAAGAAUGAUCAUUCAAAAGUUUUAUUACAUGAUCGAAAAUAUGCAUUUAAAAAAGAGAUUUUGUAUCAUUAG